AGUCGGUUAUUUCAGUCACAGGCCCCCAAUCGCUUGAAAGUUGAACUGCUAUCUUCAUUAUUUAUACCAUUGAAAAUACGAGAUGGCUUCUCCAGCGAAGACCCAAGCAACUCUGAAAAAAGACAAGAAAGAGGAGUCAUUCCUCGACAAAGUCACAACAAUAGGAAGGAAAAAGAAAUCAAAGGAAGAUGAUAUCAAUGAUAUUGGAAGACAUGCCUUGGAUUCACCUGCCAAUCCUGUCGAUAUCAAUCCAGAAACAUUUGUCAUGGAGGAAGGUGAAGAACGGUCGAUGAUAGAACCUGACUCUAGGGAUUCCCCUAAAGUCAAAGAGCUUAUUGAAGUUUUAAUCAGAUGGAUCAAUGAAGAAAUGAAAGAACAGAGGAUAAUAGUACGAGAUCUUGAAGAGGAUCUUUACGACGGUCAGAUCCUAGGCAACCUUGUUGAAAAAUUGGCAGGGAUCAAGUUUGAAGUACGAGAGGUGAUGCAGUCCGAGAUCUUCCAGAAACAAAAAAUCAAGUCCAUCUUGGAUUACGUCAACAAACUCCUUAACCUACCUAGAUGGAAUAAGGACAAAUGGAGCGUGGAUGCUAUCCAUUCACGCAACCUCGUGGCCAUCCUCCAUCUCCUAGUCGCUCUUGCCUUCCACUUCAAAGCCCCCAUUAUGAUCCCCGAGUUCGUCAUCGUCAAGGUGGUCGUCGUUCAGAAAAAAGAUGGAAUGCUGCAAACAUCGAGAGUAGAGGAAGAAAUCACAGCAACAAAUGAGGCCAUUGGAGGACGUUUUGAACGUGAUGCCUUCGACACCCUCUUUGACCACGCCCCUGACAAGCUUAACGUCGUCAAGAAGUCACUGAUUGCCUUUGCUAACAAACAUCUCAACAAACUCAAUCUUGAAGUCCUGGACCUUGAUAAUCAGUUUCAUGAUGGUGUGUUCUUUAUCCUGUUAAUGGGUCUGCUAGAAGGCUACUAUGUACCUCUUCAUUGCUACCAUAUGACUCCCACAACAUUUGAAGAAAAGGUCCACAAUGUAAACUUGGCCCUGGAUCUGAUGGACGACGCUGGUCUUCCUAAGGCCAAGGCCAGAGCUGAGGAUGUGGUGAAUUUAGACUUGAAAUCAACUCUGAGGGUACUCUACAACAUAUUCACCAAGUACAAGAAUAUCCCGUAAAUCACGUCUUCUAACAACUCAGUCUUUAGUUAUGCAUCAAUCAUGGAGCUUGUUAACGCCAGGUGUCAUAAAGCUGGAGCUUCUUGGAGCUUGUUAACACUAGGUCUAAUUAAGCUGGAGCUUCUUAACACCAGGUUUCAUAAAGCUGGAGCUUCUUGGAGAUUGUUAAUACCAGGUUUUAUAAAGCUGGAGCUUCUUGGACCUUGUUAACACCAGGUUUUAUUAAAGCUGGAGCUUCUUGGACCUUGUUAACACCAGGGGAGCGUUUCAUCAAUAUUUUCAUCCGACAAGUCAGAUCUGACAUCUUUCUCUGAUGUUGAUUGGCUGAGAGGUACUGUUACUAUGGUAACUGUCGGAUAAAAUGGGACUUGUCGGAUAAAACGUCCGACAAGUACUUUCAUGAAACGCUCCCCAGGUGGGUGUUUCAUAAAGCUGUUCGUAAGUUAAGAGCGACUUUAAGAAGGACCAGUGAUCCUUUCUCGUGGUAAAUGAUAGAUCACAGAUUUCAUUGGUGUUGGUUUAGUUCCCAAGAAAAGGUUACCGGUCUUUCAUAAAGUCGCUCUUAACUUACGAACGGCUUUAUGAAACACUCGCCAGAGUCCCAUCUCACAAAGAGUUACAAUUGAUCAAAUCAAUCUCAACUAUAUGGAAAUCCCUCAAUGUCAUAAUUUUUCCUACAGGAAAUUUGCACAAUGUCCUUUGUGAAUGAAAAGGAGCACAAUUAAAUUUCAAGACUGAGGACGGUACGAGUAUACAUCAUAUCUAGAAAGCAUUUUCAUGAACAUGCAAAUUUGAUGGUGGCGUUGCUGGCUUUCCAUAGUUAGGGUUGAUCGUAACUCUUUGAAAGAUGGGGCUACAUAAUACAAAGUAUUGGAAUUGGUUGUAGACCAUUUUGUUUUUCGAUGGAUUGCAUUGAUCACGAUCGGAGACAUUUCGAGGGGAAAACUAAACACUCAAUAGAGUGUAUAAUGAAAUGCUAGGGUAGGGCACCGAACAGCAUCGGGUAGGUUAAUAUGGAAAACAAUGUUUAGAUUACCUUUUCCAAGGUGAUUUUUAUUUUAAAUACUUUUUGCCAUUUUUGUGUGGAUCCGGACAGCAACUGAUGUGAAUCUGUCGCAAAAUUAUUUUAUAGUCGGGUGCCAGGAUUGCAGACAACAAAGACAAUAUGCAAAUUAUUAAUAUUUGAUUCAAGUGAUGCAAAUUUCAUGUGAUAGUGAAAAUCAUGAUUGAGAGUGCAUGGUUUAUAAACAUUAGAGGGCGCCAUAUCAAAAUGUAUUUGGAAAUCUUUGAGUUGAUGAAAAGUUUUCUUUGAUUGUUUUUUUUUUUCAUCCCAUUUUCUCCUUCCUAUUUAAACACCAACCCACUUUAUAUACUUUCCCUUUUUGUUAUUCAUAGUUUGAUUUUAUUACGAUUUCAAUAUUUUUCAUGUUUAUGAUAUUUAUUGUCUUGAUAUUUUUAUGAAAAUAGACCAUAGAUCUGUAUUCAAGGGCAGAUUACAUCAUCUCUUUACUUAUCAGAUUAAAAUCAGAAGGAUGUUACUUCAUAUGUUUUCAUGCAAAGGGCACGUUCGGUUCUUUAUAAAGUCAACACAACUCGACCCAUGAUAAAAGUAUGCAGAUUAACUAUGGACAGCCAGUAUUAAGAUUAAUUAACUAUGGAAAGCCAAAUGUGGCACAAAGCUUUCACAGUUUUAGGUGCCAUGAGCCUAAUUACAACAGGAAGGCUUAAGAUAUUCGUUCGACCCAACCCAUUCAAUUUUUUUUUCAAUUUGAUAUUGCUGAUUGACAAAAGUGUCUGAAUAUGAUGGAAAGUCUAACACUGAUUCUAAAAAUGGUAACUACUGAACUUCCUUUGCCCAAAUUGGGAAGAUAUGAAUUGACUUUGGAACUAUUUUUUGACUGGCGGAAGAAUUAGGGCUAUUUUACUGUUUCAGUUGAUAAAUUAGAUCCCAUCAUAGUUAUCUUCAUAAAUGGCGAUUUAUUUUUAAAAUGAGCUGGCUACGAUACCCUUCUCUGGUCAGAUAUGGAAUGUCAGAUAUAUAUCCUAUCCAAUGUUAGUAAACAUUCGACCCUCUAAUUUCACAUUUAUUUUUUAUGAAUUUGUCAAAAGUGCCAUUUUAACACACAAGUCUAUGGGGAAUGUUUUACGCGCGUGACGCCUUUAGUUCAAUAUUUCAACAUAUUGGUAACUUAAACUAUUAAAAACCAUCAAAAAAUUGUAAUUCUAAUAGUUUUUCACCAUUAAAGCAAUGAUUUGAAGGUUAAGUGGCAUUAAGAAUUAUAGCAUCAUAAUAAAAAUAUUGAUAAAUUUGGUUUGAUUCACCUAGCUAAAAGCAUAGAUCCGAAAGCAUGGAUUGAGCUAAACAAAGGCUAGAAAACAUAUCAAUUUGUAUUUGUAAAUUCUAUUAAUGUUAAUAAUUUCAACAGAAUCAUUAUUAUGUCUGAAAUUUGAAUUUCAUGUUAGUAGACAAGGACAAAUUUAGGUUUGGAAAUAUGAAAUUGUAUUUUUGUAAGGCUUGUGUUCUGACAAUGUGUGCAUGACUUGGGAUAGUAUAAGAAUGUAUAAAGGUAUUUUUGCAUCAAUGAAUAUAGCUUGAUCUGAGUUUUUCCAGGAUAUUUCUUUCCCCAACCAUAUUUUCUUCAAUAAAUCCUGUAUUUCAUUAAAUAUUCUUACUGUUUUAAUAAGUUUACUUUUUUUUUUAUAUAUCUCUAAUAAUGGUGCUAUACAUUUCAAUCAAUUAUCUGUGCAUUUCUUUUUUCUAUUUUGUACAAAGAAAGUUAAAAGGUUUGCCUUGUGAACUUCCUAUAUCAUAUCAUUUAUAAUGUUCAAAGUCACAAGAAUAGUAAACCUAUUCUUAGCUCCCUUUAAGGGUGCAUUUAUGCUUACUUUAUGAAGGAAGAUUCAGCAUUUUGACACUCAAUGCCAUCGCUGUUCCGAAAAGCAGUUCACAUGUUUAUGUAUUAUUUCCUUAACUUUUUGAGAGAAGCCCAUUUCAGAAACAUGCACUACAUAUGCUAUGUGUGUUUGUGGAUAGUGCAUGUUUGUGAAAGGGACUUUUCGUUUACCCGCAGUUUGCCAUCCUUAUUUGUAUUAUUUCACAAUUUAUCCUAAUUUGUGUGUUAUUUCACAAUUUAUCCUAAUUUGUGUUAUUUCGCAAUUUUUAAGGACACAAGUAUUAUUUUUUUUAAAUUAAAUUAUUGCUUGUCUAAAUGCUGGUCCUGUCUCCAAAAGAACGUAAAUAUACUCUACUUAUUGAUUGCAGAAAUUUGAUACCAAUCCUUAUUUAAAAAAAAUGUAAAGCUUUAUUUCAUGUCCAACUCUUGCUCUUUUAGUUGAAGGAGAAUGAAACCUUUGGAACCAGAUAACUUGUGUGAAAACAGAAAAAUCAAAGAAACAGAUCAACAAAAGUUUGAGAAAAAUCGGACAAAUAAUAAGAAAGUUAUGAGCAUUUGAAUAUUGCGAUCACUAAUGCUAUGGUGAUCCUCACAUUGGCAAUGUGACAAAGAUGUGUGAUGUCACUCAUGAACAACUCUCCCCAUUACUUUAGUAUAUAUUUCACUUAAACUGCCUCUUUUAUCACAUCUACCAUUAGAUAAUGUGUUGUUUCUAUAGGAGGGCAUGUAAUACAGAUUUUUAAAGAAUACAUCAUAGAUAAAGAGUUUGUAUCACCAUAAGAAAAAGCAAAAAGAAACAUUUUGGGGGUAUUUUAUAGUCCAUCAAAGGGAAAGUUGUUCACAUGUGACAUCACACAUCAUUGUCGCAUUGCCAAUGGGAGGAUCUCUAUGGCAUUAGUGAUUGCAAUAUUCAAAUGCUCAUAACUUUCUCAUUAUUUGUCCGAUUUUUCUCAAACUUUUCUUUGUUCUUAUUCUUUGAUUUUUCUGGUUUGACACAAGCCUAUUUGUUCCAAAGGUUUCAUUCCCCUUUAAUACCUUUAGUACCUCCUCUCACAUAAAGCCUAACUAUCGAUCGUAAGACUGAUUUUUCAUAAAUUGAUCACAUUGAUAAUCACUUGCAAUCAAUCGUAUCAAUCGCUAAGCUUUAUGCAACAGGGGGCAUGUAUGGAAUUCAUCAUAGAUGACGUAUAUUGUAUUUGUAAGUCGAUUUAAUUUAUUUAUUGAAUAUAAUAUGUAUCCUGCAUGUGUAUUACCUGCAUGAGACUGUAGAUAGGCUUUAUUUCUUUUGUAAGAAAAGAAUAAAACCUGUGAUAAACUUUGUA